AUGACCACCGUAAAUAUGGCCAAUACACCCGAUGACCUCAAAGAGCAUCUUUCAAAAGUGGAAGAAUCCCUUUCCCACCUCCGCACAUCAUGUCAAGAAUCAGUAACCACACAUUCACCUACUAUAUCAAACACUCUAGAGGUUGCUAAUGUGGCACAACCCUUAAAUGAAGUGCCGAAACUUUCAUCCUUAUUAAGUGCACACGCCACUAAGUUGGGUUUGGUAUUUAAGCCGCCGAUCGCAAUAACCACCUAUAAGGCAUGUCGAACUGAAGUUGACUCACUUCUCAAAUAUGCUGCUCUACUUGUGUCCUUGCUUAAUCAGAUUCAAGAAGAAAAAGAAAAGUACUCUAGUGUUUUUGCGAAUGAAUUGUCCUCCGAUGGACUCUCAGUAUUGGAAGCAUGCGUCGCACUUAUAAGUGGGUUGAAAGAGCUUGUCAGUUUCGGAGAAGCAACAGAAACUGUGCUUACAGACCAAAGAUUGGUUGGUGUGGGGUUCAUUUGGGAAGCUUGUGAAAAAUUGACAAAAACUUGCAAAAAUGGAUCUAGUGGUGUACUGAGAUCAAAGCUCAAACAGACAAACAGAUUGGUCGUCGACGCGUUGAAUGAACUAAACGAAUGGUUGGAAAAUCCUAUAGUCGGUGGUGGCUUUGAUUUUGAUGAAGAAGAUAUAUUUGGACUGAGUAAUGACAUUGGAUCCGAUGGAGAAGAGGAAAAAGCAGAAGAUAAAGUAAUUGCGUUUGGUAAGUUAUGGAGUACUCGGAUUCAACUGGUCAAACUAUUGGUGUCGUUGUUGGAUAAAUCUGUUCCAGCAAGUAAAUACAACCCAAAAUUCUCCAAAGGUUUAGACGCAUUAAAUGCUAAAUGUUUGAAAGUCAGUGAGCAUGUUGACGACGUCGUUGCUUGUACAGUUUAUGAUGCAAACGUCGAAAGUGGUGAGCUGGCUUCUAAAUCCUUAGCCAAAGAAAUUAACCAGAUCGUAGACCUUACAAGGAAGAUUAAUAAUAAUGAUGAAAAGAAAUGUAAAUGGCUGGAUUCCUGGAAAACAAAAUUUGAAGAAUGA